AUGGACGGUACUGUUAUACACGAUAACUCUACGACGUUGUUGGCCGACGUAGCAUUUCAGACCGCAUCAAUACCAACAAUAGAUACCAGCCUUUACAGUUUGUCUUCCGAAGAAUCUACGUUCUUCAAGGCGCAAAUCGGUAUCGAUAACGACGAAGACUUGAAGGGACAUAUCCUGGAUGUGCAGGCGAAAGCAUACAAGAUUGCACCAUAUCCUUGUAUCCACGGAUUUGUCUUUCUUCGCCUCAACAUAUCGAGUUACUCUGUGUAUGAACAUAUCCUCAAGCUUGGUCGCGAGCGCCCCGAUGCCGUGUUACUCGACCUUGGCUGUUGUUUCGGUGUUGAUGCCAGAAAGGCUGCGGCGGAUGGUUUUCCUGCUAAAAAUGUCAUUGCUUCAGAUAUCAGCAACGAAUUCCUCGAGCUUAGCCACGAACUUUUCAGAACGACACCAACUUCUUACCCGGGAUGCCUUCUUCCCGGAGAUGCCCCGGCUAUUGAUCUGUCCUCGUUGAAAUCCCUCAAUCCCCUUCAUGGCCGCAUAAGCGCGAUCAGUGCUACAAGGCUAUUCCAUCUCUUCACUGAGGACAAACAAGUGCAUCUUGCCAGGGCUCUCGCAGGUCUGUUAUCUGCGCAGCCAGGCUCCGUUAUUUGCGGUUAUCAGAUCGGAACUCUCGAAAAAGGCAUGGUAACUGCCAAUAUAUCGGGUUCUGAGCAUCGGUUAUUCGCCCAUUCUCCCAAAACUUGGUCAUCUUUGUGGGAUGGAGAGGUAUUCGAGAAGGGAAGUGUCAAGGUAGAAACGGAGUUAGUGGAAGUUGCGAUUCGCGAGGUGCAACUCCUCAUGAUGGAGUGGUCAGUGGUGAGAUUGUAG